UGUCACCUCUGAAUGUUUUCGAUCUAACUGGCGAGAUUAUUUUUAACAAAAAAUGGAUUAAAACCUUUAAUAUAACCGAUAAUCAAACGUUUACCUAGUUUUUUAACGGUUAUGUCAAAGAUGAUCAACGAAAACGUCGAAUUACAACAAUUAGUUGAAGAAGAUAUCGAUGAAGAACCAAAAAUACAUAAUCCCAAGACAAAAUUGGAUAAGAAAUGGUGUCGUUGCCCUUAUUUAGGCUUAAUCUUAGCUAUGUUAAGCUCGUUAUUCUUUUCGUUGUGUUCUGUCAUUGUAAAAUGGUUAACGGAUAUAGAUCCAAUGGCUUUAGCGGCUUAUAGAUACUUAGGAGUGUUACUUCCUGCCAUACCAAUCGUUAUUUAUAAACAAGAAGCUUUAUUUCCCGAUGGAAAACGCGUCAUUUUAUUAUUACGAUCGUUCACAGGGACGGCCGCUUUAAUGCUAAGUUUUUACGCAUUUCGGCAUAUGCCUUUAGCGGAUGCCUCUGUUAUUGUAUUUUCAGUUCCAGUUUUUACAGGAAUUUUUGCAAGGAUUUUUUUGAAAGAACCGUGCGGAUUAUUUAGUAUUUUCUCGAUUAUUUUAACGUUAAUCGGAGUCGUUUUAAUAACAAGACCGUCGUUUUUAUUUUACGACACGAUCGAUUCGUUGGGAAAUUCGCAAGAAACAUCAACGAUUUGGGGGGCCGUAGCCGCUUUUUCAGCCACUUUAUUCGGAGCGAACGCUUAUGUUUUAUUGAGAGCUUUAAAAGGAAUUCACUUUGCGGUUAUAAUGACGAAUUUUGGUGCUUUCGCUUUAACUUUGUGCGUUAUUGUAACGUAUUUAAUUGGGGGAUUGUGUUUGCCGAUGUGCGGGAUGGAUCGUUAUUUAAUUGUGGCGUUGGCUUUUUUUAGUUUUUUGGGGCAAAUUUUAUUAACCAUCGCUCUCCAAAUAGAACAAGCAGGCCCCGUUGCUAUCGCGAGGAGUAGCGAUAUCGUUUUUGCGUUUAUUUGGCAGGUUUUAUUUUUUGAGGAGAUUCCCAAUAGGUUCUCAAUAGCCGGGGCUUUUUUGGUUUUAAGUUCCGUUGUUUUAACGGGAUUAAGAAAAUGGAUUUUAGCUUUACCCGAAAACGCUACGUUGAGGCACAAAUUUCGAAUUUUAGUGAAAUGAAUUUCUUUGUAAAGUGAGGUUAGUUUUUUUUUCUAGUCAGUUUUUAAACGUCAAAUAUGACAACUGUCAUUUUUGACGUUUAAUUUUCCUUUAAUUUUUCUAGUCGUUUUAUUUAAUUUAAUGAGAAAUAAAUAAAUUAACAACUGCCUUAAGUAUUACCGAUCUGUAAUGGUUAAAAAAGUGACACAAAAAUUAUUAAUUAAAGUUUGAAGAGCCUUAAAGAAAAUUCGAAAUGAUAAAAUCGCGUUCUACUUUACCGUUCACUUUUUAAGACCAAGAAUAACAAUAAUUACUUGUAGAUUUAAUAAAAUUAUAGUAAAUUUCA